UUCGGGAAUCAACUCAAUAUAAAAUACAUCCAUCGGGUGGUGCUGAUACAAAGAAAGAAAGAAAGAUCUACUGUAAAUCCCCAAAAUUCUCUUUUAACAAAUCCAUCCAUCCUUCCGUCAUAUCUUCUGCUUGUUUUAAGGUUAUCUUGGUGGUGAUUAGUGUUCCGACUUUAUAGAAUUUGGGAAGUUACUCAAGUAUUGUGCUUUAAGUCUGAGUAUUCUUUCAGGAACAAGUCUGGCUAUGUUUUGAUAAAAAUCCAAUAUGGGUGCAACGAACUCAAAAGUGGAAGACGAUAAGGCUCUGCAACUAUGUCGUGAGCGGAAAAAGUUUGUUAGACGAGCACUUGAUGGAAGAUGUUCACUUGCAGACUUUCAUUUUACUUAUAUAGAGUCUUUAUCCAUUAUCGGAAGUACGUUAAGGAGGUUUGUUGAACCUGCAGCUGCAAUGGAAUCAUCUUUAUAUACUUCCACAAGUGCAACCCCGGAGCCCCAUGCGUUCUCUUUCUCUUCAACCAUGUCGCAUUAUGUAAAUCCAGCUGGAAAUAGAUCCCCAACACCUUCCCCGCCAACUUCCAGUCGGUUUUAUGCAAGUCAUAUGAAAACAAGUGGUUCAUUUUCUAGAAAAGUUGAAGAACAACCACCUGUACCUGUAAUUGUUUCUGUAACUACAUCAAGUACACCAAGAACCACCACUCCGCCUUCCAUGGAUGAACCUGAAACCCCUCCUCACAUGCUUCCUGAAAGUCAGCCGUGGGAUUUUUUUGGUCUUCCCCAUCCUAUUGACAAUGAAUUUUCUUCACAGGAUGUUCCGGAAUUGAAUCAUGGGCUUGAAAAUUACAAUGACAUGCACAAUCUGAGUGAAGAAAAAAGUCCGUCUAGAGGGAGUGUGAGUGUUGAGGGUCAAGAAACCGAUGACGAGUUUGAUGAGCCAUCUACAGAUCGUCUGGUUCGAAGUUUUGAGAAUUACAAUAGGUCGAAAGAUAAUGAUAGUGGCACUGGUUUACAUUCCAUGUCAUCUGCUGAAAGCGUCACAACAGAAACUGGAAAUUUGAACGGUGGUAAUUCUUCUCAAGCGUCACCAUUAAAGAGAAAAACUUCCGGUUUUAAGAAUGUUACAAUUCCUCAAGAUGAAAAGGCGGAAAUGGUAAAAGAAGUUCCUGAUUACAAGUCGGUACCUCCUAAAGAUUUUAUUUCAAGCAUGAGAGAGAUCGAACAUCUUUUUGUUAGAGCGUCCGAGUGCGGAAGAGAAGUUCCAAGAAUGCUCGAAGCCAACAAACUUCACUUUCGUCCAAUAUUUCCAGGGAAAGAAACUGGGUCAUUCUCUUCAAAAUUUAUCAAGGCAUGUCUGGCGUGCGGAGAUGAUCCAAGCCAAGUACAGGAAGAACCUGCUCAAAGUGACACCAAGUACUUGACAUGGCAUCGGUCAACAUCGUCUCGUGCUUCAUCCUUUAGGCAUGAUCCCAAUGCCAACACCAAAGAAACUGCGGAGGAUGUUGCCAGUAGCCUCUUUGAUAACUUCUGCAUGAAUGCUGGAAGCCAUGCUUCAACUUUGGAUAGACUCUAUGCAUGGGAGAAGAAGCUUUAUGACGAAGUUAAGGCAAAUGAGAUGCUCAGAAAGGUAUAUGAUCAGAAGCGCAAACUUCUUAGGCAAUUAGAAUCCAGUGGAGAAGAUAGCCGCAGGGUUGAUAAAACUCGAGCAAUUGUCAAGGAUCUACACUGGAGAAUUGGAGUUGCUAUCCAGAGGAUUGAUUCAAUAUCAAGAAGGAUUGAAGACCUAAGAGACAAAGAACUUCACCCACAACUUGAAGAAUUGAUCGAAGGGUUGAGGAAGAUGUGGGAAGUAAUGAAUGAAUGCCAUAAGACUCAGUACCUUAUCAUAUCAACAUUACAUAAAAACACACGAACCAAAAUCUCACUACAAUCAGACUCACAUCGCCAGAUUACCAUCUAUCUUGAAAACGAAUUGAUCACCCUUUCAUCAAGUUUUACAAAAUGGAUUGGAGCACAAAAAGCUUAUGUUCAAUCUUUAGACGGGUGGCUUCACAAAUGUGCUCCUCCCCAACAAUACACCAGGAAAAAAAGACGACAACAACCAUCUUUAAGAGACUAUGGCCCACCCAUAUACAUCACUUGUGGUUUCUGGCUGGACAGGCUUGAUAAGUUACCAACUAAAGAAGUUGCAGAUGCCAUAAAAGAUUUAGCUGCUGAAAUUAACCAUUUCCUGCCCCGACAAGAAAAAUCCAAAGGUGGUCGUCAUCAUUCAUUGCCCAACGAUCCUGCAGGGGUGAAUUUGUUGGGGGAAGAAGCUUUGGAAGACCGAAUUGCAGAUUUUGAUCGUUUAAGGUCAUGCUUGGAGGGGUUUCUUGAAAAGUUAAGUAAGUUUUCAGGGUUGUCUGUGGAAAUGUUUACUGACCUCCAAAAGGCCAUUCAAGAUAAGAAGAUCGUGUAUGCAAGAAUUCACUCCCAAUCUUAGUAGAAACUACCAAGUGAAUAAACUUUUCCAUAUAAUUUUGGAGCUUUGUACAUGAAAAAAGAAUAAUAAACGGAAUAAAUGCGCAGAGCUGGUUACCAUGGGCGGUUAAACAAAUUGGAGGUAAUAUACGAGCAUAAUAUAGUAUCUAUAUAGUUGGUUUUAUUUAUUUAUUUGGACAGCGAAAUGUAGGAACCUGUAUAGCUUUAAAGGAAUUUCUGGGUACAGAUUCAGCUCUAGUACAUCAUAUUCUUUAGGUUUGUGACGUUUUAGGGAAGUCUUUGUAGUCAGAUUUCGCCAUAAGAACUAUAUAUUUAUUGUAGCUUUUAAAACAUGUACAUUAGUGUCUGGUGCAAUAUAUGUGUGGACUUGAAUA